GAGAUGAAAUGUGAGCCCCGGUGACCGAGGACGCCUGAGAGCCCGCCUCCCGCGUGCCCCAGCGCCGCGGGGCAAGACAAAGACACCUCGGCGCCCAGCUCAGCCCCGCGGGAACUCCGCGCUCCCCAGCCCUGCGGAACCCCGCGCGCGCCGUCCGCCACGCGCCCAGCCCAGCUGGCGUCCAAUGCUCCCUGGGGCAAUGGCCAGGUUCCUGCUCCACCCUGCUCUCCGGAGCGCUGCUCUGUCUGUCUGACCUCCCGGCAUCCCCCCCCAGUCCCCGCCAGGUUCCGGGCUCGCCCGGGGCUCCCAGCCUCUCUCCAAUCUGUCCUGGCGCAGGAGCUCAGGCCACUGGCUUGCAUGGAAGGGUCGAGGCUGCCCGGGCGUCCAGGGGUCUUUCUUCCCAAGUUGGCGCUGCUGUUUAUCUAUGCAGAUGACUGCCUUGCUCAGUGUGGGAAAGACUGCAGGUCUUACUGCUGUGAUGGGACCACUCCCUACUGUUGUUCCUAUUAUGCCUACAUUGGAAAUAUUCUUUCAGGCACUGCAAUUGCCGGCAUCGUGUUUGGGAUCGUAUUUAUCAUGGGGGUUAUUGCCGGAAUUGCCAUUUGCAUCUGCAUGUGCAUGAAGAACAACCGAGGUCCCCGGGUGGGUGUCAUCAGGACCACUCACAUCAACACCAUCUCCUCCUAUCCUGUGGCACCACCCCCGUACAGUUGCGACUACGAGAUGGAAUACUGUCCAGACUUGCCCCCUCCAUACUCCCCAACCCCACAGGCAUCAGUACAGCGCUCUCCACCUCCUCCUUACCCUGGAAAUUCAAGGAAAUAAUCCUCCAGAACAGAAUAUGUGCCAAUCAGUGACCUUCCCUGGAAUCAACGCCUCUACUCAGAAAUAGGCAGGAAAGGGUUUCCCUAAGGAAGGUGUUUUGGGUCAGCUAGUAUUUGAGGCAGAAUGUUCCCAUGAAGAGAUAUGGGGUUCUGAUCUUGCUCAGAGCUGUCCCCAUCACUAUAUUUUAAGAGAUUUACUGAUUCACUUCAGCACAUUUGAGAGAAGAGUAAUGAGAUUGACAGAAUAUCUGAUAACCAUGUUUUUUAAGGUCUAUUUGAAGGAAAUUUCAAUAUUGAUUCUGGAAAAGAGAAGACUUACACAGAACAGAAGAAUGGCCCAGGCCAUACAAGGAAGCAACUCUAUUCGACAUAGCUCUGAAAGUUGGAACUAGAAUGUUUAUUCUUUCAUUCAUCAACAAUGUGUAAUGUGUGCCUGAAAGCCCACUACAUGCCAGGCACUGUGUGGGGCAUUGGAUGGAAGUUUGAGGACGGAAACUUUGAUUUUGGUUUUAAAAAAAGCAAUUGGAGCUUCCUCAUCAACUGGAUCACUUUGUGACACUUCCCUACUACCAAGACUUCAGAAUCCAUCUAACCAUCUGGUAGAGAAAUACUCCAGAAGUGGUUUCUGCCUCAAGUAUAUGUGGGUCCCUUGCACCCUCAAAGCUCUGCUUAUAUUUUGCGUAGGUGUGAAGUGAAUCUUUAUCUCCUGGAGUGAAAACAACAAGACUGGUGAAUGUUAUUUAUUUAACUUGAGAGCUAAAACAGGAUCAAAGGGAUUCUACAACUGCUUGAAACCAAGAACUCUUCGACAUCAGCUACUGCCAUCUAAAAAUUAUCUGGCCUUGGUCAAUGAAUUCAAAGAUUUUCCAGCUGUGGCCAAAAAAAAAAAAUUGUAGCAAGUUCCAUAGGCAACAUCCAUAGGCAACAACUACUACGCUUCAAAGUAAAAGAUGAGAAGUCAAAUAUCACCAUGGGAUUUCGUGUCAGGGAGCAAGAUCUCAGGACUAUCAUGAAGUCUGUGCAAGCUUACAAAACAAAGAAAGGGAAGCGAAAUUUGGGUUCCUGUCUUUGGAAUUCCAUUCAAAUGUAGCUUAGACAAUUUUUUCUUUCUCUUUUACAGAACUUUGAUAAUAUAUGCUACUGAAAAAAAUAUACACUUAAUGGAAAAGGAUAAGGUACUGACAUCAGAUUGUUGCCUUUUAUCAAAAUGCAAAUUUUAUGAAGUGCCUACCUUUAUAUAUAAAAGGAUUUCAUAAAUAAUUCUUAUGUGCCAUAUUUUGCUGCAAGUGAUAUUAAUAUUAAUCUUUCUAUGUGGGUCCUUACAUGUGUUUAAAAAUUGCAUGAAAGAGGACUUCAAAAUGUCAGUGGAAAAUGGAGUUAAACAAUAUGCACAUUUUCCAUGAACUUUUUAAAGCCCCCAUCCCUUUGUACUCGGCCUUGAAACAGAUGAUCAGAUUUUUGUGUCACUUACAAUUAAAUCUAAAAUAUUUAAUUCAAGAUUAUCAUCAUAUUUAGUCAAUAUCAUCAACAAUUUAGUCAAACUGCAAGACAGUGCUCAGAAUUUUGCUGAAUAAAACAACCAAAUAAAAAUGCCUUGUUAUAAAUUAUACUACCUAGAGUUGUGAUUAGGAAACUUAAUAUGUUUCCUAUUUUACUCUUAAAAAUAACACUAAAAAUAGAAAUAUGUUGAUUUGACUGAAAUAUAGUCUAACUGUCUAUGAGAUCUAAAUGCUAGAUAUGAUUUGAAUGACUUUCUUGAUGUUCAGGCACUGAUCAUUUUCCUCCACUUGAAGAUGCAAAGUAUUCACAACUUCCACGCUAUUCUAGUGAGGGACUCCCUGACUUACAUGAAAUUUCUAAGCACAUUUUUAUUAGUAGAUAUGUUUUAAUUUAUUUCUCCUCUGCAAGUGUGAUGAGACUCACUUACACUGCAGCUGUGUUGCUCAAAGUGCCAGGGUCUCUGUGAUGUUAUUAUAACUUUUUGUUGCAGAUACACCAUAUAUUCUUUAAGAGAAACUGAAAAGAUCAUGUUUAUUAUAUGCCUUUUAUGUUCUUCAAAUACUACCCGCAUAAAAGCCAUUUGAGUCUAUAUCAUCUCUUUUCUUAGAGUUGUUUAUGGCUGCCCUGAAGGCAUCUCACAAACCCAUAGACCUAUAAGGAAUGAGUAUUUUUACUAUUUGUAUUUAAUGUCAGAAUAAUAUAAACGUUCACGUUACCAGUAUAGAUUUUUGGAUUUCACUGAUUGUUUUCAUAGAUUAUGUUCUUUGGGAGAAAAAUAGUAUAUGAUGUAAAAGCUUUGAAUUAUGAUUAUUUAAAAACUAACAUAUUUGCUGUGGCCAAAGUGUUUACAAUAAGCAAUAAAAUUGAAGAACCAUUAUAGUAAAGGUUA